UGUUUUCAUUUGGCCCACACACGUGGAUUGUCACUUCAGUUGUUCUGGGUGCCGCGACGCGUACGUACAAACACACAUACCAACGGAAUGUAUCACGUCCAGAAUGAGCACCUUCCUUGACUUUAGCAUAAUGUUGUUCCCUUGAGACUAAUCCCAAGCCUUAGUCAGAGAUGAGUUGGAGAUGAGUUAGGAUUCCUGCUGGCUUGCAGAUGAGCUGAGAUUUCCCAGACCACAUGUGCCACUAUUCUGUGUUGGAGAAAUGGAUGGCACAGUUCUCUAUACCUCAGAUCUGGUGAGCACCACAGCAUCUUUACCAGAUGAUGCUGAUGUUGCAUAUAUAACACCACAAUGGACUAUCAUCUUGGAGGCAGUCACCCUGGCUCUGAUAGCCGUUGUAGCUGGUGCUCUGAACACGAUCAUCAUCUACACCAUCCACAAAAAGACUUACCUCCAGAAUCCAAGCAACCAAUUUGUCUACAGUAUGACAAUCGCUAGCGCGGUGAUGUCGUUCACAGUGUUGCCCUUCAACCUUGUAGCCUGUGUGCUUCGGGAGUGGAUCUUUGGCGUGGUGAUGUGUAACCUAAUGGGCUUCAUCUCACUGUGUACACUCACUGGUUCCCUCUUUAACGUGGCACUCAUUACCUUGGACAGAUACUAUGCCAUUGUUCAGCCCAUGAUGUACCCCCUGAAAAUGACUUCCAACUACACGACUCACCUUAUAGUAUGCGUUUGGAUCCUAGCACUUAUAUGCACUCUACCUCCCUCGUUUGGUUGGUCAAGGUACAGCUUUCGGGUCGCAAAAUCAGCAUGUAUGGUGGACUGGCACUAUGACAAAUCAUUUUCAGGAUUCUAUGCAAUAAUGACAACCAUCUUCCCUCUAAUCCUGAUGUGCUUCUGCUAUGGUCAUAUCCUCAAGGUUGCUAGGAGAUCAUCUCGAAGGGUCAGCCAUGGAAAUAUUGUUGCGGAGGAAGCGAUAAAGAUGAUGACCCGGAGGCGUUCACGUAGGACAUCCCUCCUGGUAAACAUCAGAAUGAACUCACCAACCAAAGCGAUCCGAACAGUGCUAGUCACAGUCAGUGCAUUAUUGAUCAUAUGGUGUCCAUUUAUAAUUGAACUGGUCUACGAGACUGUGCUCGGUGAUGAGCUUAUAGCAAAUUGGUUAGAAGCUGGGGCCAUGUGGCUAGCAUACUGUAGCCUUAUCUUCAACCCGAUGAUUUAUGCAAUCUGGAACAAGACAGUGCGAAAUGAAGUUCUUGGGAUGUUUUGUGCGAGGUCGCUAAAGCUACAGUGGGCCUGGCGUGAUGAUGAUAACAUCCUGGCUAAGCGCAGGGAGUCACGACAUCUUAGCAUCAGCGGAAGCAUCACUGACCUGAGUUACACUUCUGCAUUGAGAGGAAAGUUCAAUCAGCACAGCACCCAGAUUACCAACACUGGACAACAGACUUCAAGUAAUGAUUCAGUCAUUUCUGGAGUACCUCUGGCAAGUAUUAUUGAGUCUUCCACCACCGCACCGACCACCCCCGCAUCCAAAAGUGGCAGCAGUUCUUACGGGAAUUCUAAGCGAGUCAGACUGACUUCUGGGAUCAAGAAGACAAGGGUAGAGAUCUUGAAGGCUCACUCUCCUACACAGAUCAGCACCACUGCCGAGGUUCACCAACCUGCACGAAUGAUCACUAGGUCAAUGACGGGUCAAAGUUCAAUGUCAAAGGUCAAUGGGGAUGGGGAAGAGAAUAAGUUAGGUUGCAGUAGUCGUAAACUCAGUAUUGUGAGCAUGGAUGAGAGCAUUGUUUAUAGUUGAUGGUGCUGAUUUUGACUGACUAUGCAAUGUUUUGUUAAGCAUUGAAUAGUUCUUUAAUAAUAGGCAAUUAAAAUUUUGUAAUUAAGUUCGAUAAGAGUAAGAGAAUGGCGAACAUUUGAAAUAAAUUGGACAUAUGAGAAAGUUAUAAAGUUUGCAAUAUUAAAUCAUAAAUACUAUAUCAGUGCAAAUCUCAAAUUGGCAAUUUGGUGAGUGGAUUCUGAGGUACAGUCAUGGACAUCUCCUGUUUGUCGUGUCCAAAACUAUAAUUAAUUUGCGUCUUUCUACCGAGCACCUUCUCCUUUGGGCCACUCCUCCAAAAAUAUGGUAAGGGUAGUUUAUUAUUAUAGUUCCCCUAAAAUGAAGAUGCUCCUGGGUUACCCAAUUUGCUUUUGCUUUCUUUCAGAGUAAUUUGCUAUCAACUUUUUAUCAAGGUUGAUUUUUCUUUAAAGGGCAAGUCCACUUAAAAAAUAACUUACUUGUAAUAGAAGCAGAAAAAUCGGA